UUUCUCGUUCAGUCGAGUUUGCGAGUCGGGUUCGGGUGUAGUGUGUGCGCGAAUGUCGAUGCGGGCAGCGAUCUCAGUGUGGAAGUGAUGAAAUCAACAGAACAACGACAGACCUCGGCAAAAUGAUGAUGAGAUGCACCAUUUGCAGUAACCAUGUUCGUUCACACCCGUAGUAGGCUAGCCGUUUGUAAUAUCGUGUAAAUUAGUAGUGAAAAAGAAAUAAAUUCGAAAGGAUGGAAACACCCUGCUAGUGGUGUUUUUUGGGAUAAUUAGUGUUGCGCACCGAAGUGAAGCGAUCGAAUGGACUUAAGUGUUUUUACAUCGAAUAAUUUAAAGGGAAACAGGCGAAGUGGUGGAAAAAAUUUUAAAUCGAAACUGGAGAUCCUGUGGAUGUUGGUUGAAUUCAGUGCCUGUGUGGUGGACCAGAGUGUGCAAAAUAUGUUGCUUCACUACUAGUGGAAGUCUGGCUUGACCAGCCAUUGCUACACUGGAAUAGUGUGGUGUGUGAAAGUGCCCUCGCGCGAGGGGUGACCUCCCGGCAGAAACAAAAAAAAAAGAUACACCGAAUGGUGCCCCAUUGAAGGAGGAGCAGUUAACGUAAAGUACCACAGAACAGCGAAAACGAAAGAGGCAAACAUUGAUUGAUACUGCUGGGCCGAUGAUGCGUUGCUGUUGCGCCGGAAACAUUGCUGCUGUCGGCCUCGCUAAUUCGUCCAAUUCUCAUACUAGACUCGAUAAGAACUCAUAGCAAUGGAGCGAAUCCGGUGGUGCGGUAUCAUCCUUAUCAUCCUCAUUAAGAUUCUGUGCGCGCAGCCACUGGCGAACAGCAACUUCCCGCUGAAGGGAGCGAAUGGCACAGAGAACCUUAGCAGUCGACUAGUUAGUCAAAUAGUUUUUAAUUCUACCUUGAAUCAUCUGGCGGUGGACAGAACCACUGGCAUGGUUUAUGUCGGCGCCGUCAACAAAUUGUAUCAGAUUUCGAGCGAUCUGAACAUCCUCGCAGCGAUCACAACCGGUCCGCACAACGACUCGAACGAGUGUUCGAUUCUCGAGUGUCCCGCGGACAUCGUCCGGAGGCCCACCGACAACUGGAACAAAGUGCUGCUGAUCGAUCACGCGGCGAACAAUCUGAUCGUGUGCGGAUCGCUGUUCCAGGGCAUCUGCAACAUCCGCUCGCUGCAGAACGUCAGCUCGAUCGAGUACGAGGUGCAGGAGGCCGUCGUAGCCAAUGCCGCAAACGCGAGCACGGUGGCAUUUAUCGCCCCGGGACCUCCGGUCCCCUCGGAGAACAACGUCCUGUACGUGGGGGUAACGUUCACCGGGAACUCACCCUAUCGGAGUGAAAUUCCGGCGGUAGCGUCGCGAAGCCUUGCGCGGGACAAACUCUUCCAGAUUGCGUCGUCCGCUGUGACGACCGGUACGCGAAUUUUUGUCAAUUCAUACGCCCGCGAGUCGUUCCUCAUCAACUACGUGUACGGCUUCAGCUCGGAGCGGUUCUCGUACUUCCUGACGACCCAGUACAAGAGCAGUGCCCACAACACCCCGAAGGAGCUGAUCACCAAGCUGGUGCGAAUCUGCCAGGAUGACUCGAACUACUACUCGUACACGGAGAUCCCGGUCGAUUGCAUCAGCGAGAGCACCAAAUACAACGUUGUGAACGCUGCGUACGUGGGGAAACCGGGCCCGGAUCUGGCGGAGAAUCUCGGUAUAUCAACCGAGGACGACGUUCUGUUUGCGGUGUUCUCCGAAAGCAACGACUCGAAGAAUGCCAACAAGUCCGCCCUGUGCGUGUACUCGCUGAAAGCGAUCCGUCGGAAGUUCAUGCAGAACAUCAAAUCCUGCUUCAACGGGUUGGGCCAGCGCGGGUUGGACUACAUUUCAAUCAAUAUGCCAUGUGUGCCCACGAAGCUACAAACCAUAAGCGAAGAUUUCUGCGGUCUCGAUGUGAACUCCCCGCUUGGGGGUGAACAAGCGAUCGCCUCGAUUCCCGUCCUGCUGUCGGAGCUGAAAAUGACUUCGAUCGCGGUGACGACCACCUCCAAUUUCACCGUCGUCUUCAUCGGCACGCUGAGCGGUCAGCUGAAGAAGGUCGUCGUGGAAUCGUCCGGGUCGGCCCAACAGUAUGCCCUCAUGAAUGUGGACGUCGGCUCCAAGAUCCAGCCCGAUAUGUAUCUGGAUACUGUAAAAUAUGAUCUGUAUUUGAUGUCAAAGCAUAAGCUGUUUAAAAUUAAGGUCUAUGAUUGUUCGGUGUAUACCACGUGUGUUGCAUGUCUAUCAGCGAAAGAUCCCUUCUGCGGAUGGUGUUCCCUAGAGAAUAAGUGUAGCCCCAAGCGGGAGUGUCAAGAUAAUUUUAAGGACCCGCUGUCCUGGCUGAGCUACAAGUCGGGCAAGUGUACCACGAUUACGAGUGUGAGUCCGAGUCAGUUGCAGCGCACGACGGCCCGCACCUUGGAGCUGGUCAUCGAGAACCUGCCGAAUCUGAAGGAAGCGCUGGUCUGUGCGUUCACCUUCGCCAACAUGGAGAAGCCAAUCAUCACCAAUGCAACGAAGAAACGGAACGGCGUCAACUGUACCACGCCUCGGACUGACCUACUGCCUCAAAUAGGAUACGGAAAAAAUCACUUCAACGCGCAACUCUCGAUCAAAACCUCCCAGGGUCCGGACAUCGUCUCGACCAAGUUCACCUUCUUCGACUGCAGCACCCAUCUGUCCUGCACGCAGUGUGUCUCCUCGCAGUUCCCGUGCGACUGGUGCGUCGAGGCGCACCGUUGCACGCACGACACCGCCGAAAACUGCCGCAACGAUAUCCUCGUGACCGGAAUCAGUCGCAUUGGUCCGAGCUAUCGCUCGGGGCCCGGGUUCUGUCCGACGAUCAACGUAACGGGUGACGGGCCGGAGAUUUUGGUUCCGGCGGGCUCGAAGAAAUCCGUCAAAGUCAAAGUGCAUAUCAUUGGUCAAUUCAUCGUCCAGACGCGCUUCGUGUGUCAAUUCAACGUCGAGGGGCGCGUCACGAGCGUCAACGCCCAGCUGCUGGGCGAUACGAUCUACUGUGAUGCGAUGGAGUUCUCGUACACGGCCAAGACGCCCAAGCUGACGGCCACCUUCGCUGUGAUUUGGGGCGGUUCGAAGCCGCUGGACAAUCCUAAUAAUAUUCAUGUCGUAAUUUAUCGCUGUAGAGAUAUGUCCGAUAGUUGCGGCGUUUGCUUGGCGUUAGAUGAGAAGUAUAAGUGUGGUUGGUGUUCGUCGUCCAAUACGUGCGAGGUGGAGGAUCAGUGCGGCAUAUCGGGCAAGGUCGAGGGCCAGGAGAAGAAGGAUUGGCUGAACAGCCAGCAGACUUGUCCGAAUCCGGAAAUUCAUUCGUUUGACCCGAAGACGGGACCCUGGGAGGGUGGAACCAACAUCACCAUCCGGGGGAUUAAUCUGGGCAAAAAGUUCGAGGAUGUGUACGGUGGAAUCAAGAUCGCUGGGAUCGAUUGUAUGCCGUUCCGGGAGCUAUAUGUUCAGACGAAAGAGAUUGUGUGCAACGUGGAUGGUCCUGGGGUUGAGGGACAUCGGUCGGGACGGGUGGUUGUACAAAUUUCCGACUUCCGAGGGGAAUCGACGUAUGAUUUUAUGUUUGUCGAUCCGGAGAUCACCGACUUUGGUCCCAAGUUUGGACCGAUCGCUGGAGGUACGAUUAUCAAGGUUGUGGGCAAAGAUCUCAACACGGGCAGCAGAGUGAAGGCGUUCCUGGAUCAACAUCCUUGUGAAAUACUGAGCACCGACGAGAAUGAAGCCACUUGCCGAACGACUGCAGUCCCGGAUCAAAUGCAGGGGAAGCUACGGAUGGAAUUUGAUAACGCGAAGCGUGAGUUCGCCGGUGACAACUUUGAGUACGUGGCGAAUCCAUCGAUAGACUACGUGACGUCUGGUGAUCCUGGAAAGAUUAGAACUGCAAGAGGAAUCCCCGCCGGUGGUAUCAAGAUCUUCGUGGUGGGCCAGAACUUCUUCUCGAUCCAGAAGCCCAAGAUCUACGUGUACUAUCGAGAUCAGAUCUUCCUGAACGAGUGCCAAUCGAUUUCGAACAAGGAAAUGCAGUGCUACUCGCCGGAGAUCGAUCUGCAGGAGGAGGAUACCUUCCAGUCGGAGGAACCACUCCAUCUGGAGUACGGUUUCAUCAUGGACGACGUGAAAUCGGUGAAAAAUUUGUCCUCCAAGCUGGGAAGCCGCUUCGAGCUGCACCCUAACCCGGUGUACUAUCCGUUCGAGGAGAACUUGAAACAGUUCAACAGCGAGUAUUUGAACAUCAACGGUAAGAAUCUGGACCGGGCCUGCAAGGAAAGCGACGUGGUGGUCAAGAUCGGGGACAAUGCUUUCUGUAACAUUACGUCGCUGUCGCCCAAGCAGCUCACGUGUAGACCUCCGGCCGAUCAGGAGAUCAAGAAGGUCAACGUGAAGGUAAUCAUCGGGAACUCGCUCACGUACGACAUCGGGUAUAUGAGUUACUCCUCGGCUAGUAUACUGCCCAGCAUUAACAAUAAGGCGGUUACGUUGAUCGUGACGAUCGGUUCGGUGAUAUUCUUCAUCAUCUUUAUCGGUCUCGUGAUUGCGUAUCGGAAGAAGACGAGCGAGAACAAUCGGGUGCUGAAGAACAUGCAGGAACAGAUGGAUAUUCUGGAGCUGCGGGUGGCCGCCGAGUGUAAGGAGGCCUUCGCCGAGCUGCAGACUGAGAUGACGGACUUGGGCGGAGAUAUAACGUCGGGCGGUAUUCCUUAUUUGGACUACAGAACGUAUGCGAUGAAAAUUCUCUUUCCGAAUCAUGACGAUCACGUGGUGUUGCAGUGGGAGAAACCGGAGCUGCUGCGGAAGGAGAAGGGACUGAGACUGUUUGGGCAAUUGGUGAUGAACAAGACGUUCCUGUUGCUGUUUAUCAGGACGCUGGAAAGUAAUCGAUACUUCUCGAUGCGGGAGCGGGUUAACGUGGCAUCGUUGAUUAUGGUGACUCUGCAGAGCAAGCUGGAGUACUGCACGGAUAUUUUGAAGACACUGCUAGCGGAACUGAUCGAGAAAUGUAUCGACGGCAAGAGUCACCCGAAGCUGCUGCUGCGUCGGACGGAAUCGGUAGCGGAGAAGAUGCUGUCCGCCUGGUUCACGUUUCUUUUGUACAAGUUCUUGAAGGAAUGUGCCGGGGAACCGCUGUAUAUGUUGUUCCGCGCGGUAAAAGGCCAAAUAGACAAGGGUCCAGUGGAUGCGAUUACCCACGAGGCGAGGUAUUCGCUGAGCGAGGAAAAGCUGAUCCGGCAGAUGAUCGAGUUUAAGAUUUUGACAGUUUACGCAAGCAUCACGCAACCACCGAUUCUGUGCAAUAAUAUCGAAAUGAUUCCGACCAACACGGAGAACAUUCCGGUGAAGGUUUUGGACUGCGAUAGCGUAGGGCAAGUGAAGGAGAAAUGUUUGGACACGAUCUACAAGGCGAUCCCAUGGAGCCAACGGCCCCGGAAGGAGGACUUGGAUCUCGAGUGGCGCACCGGAAGCUCUGGCCGUGUAAUCCUCUACGACGAGGACUCUACCUCGAAGACUGAUGGUGAGUGGAAGAAACUCAACACAUUGCACCACUAUCGGGUAAGUGAUGGCGCCUGUUUGAGUCUGGUGCCCAAGGAAAGCUCCAUCUACAACAUCACGCUCAUUGGGGAGAAGUACCCGGAGAAAAUCCACAAAUACGAAACACUAAACAUAUCUAAGUACGUGCAGCCGUCGCCACCGUUUAGUCGGGCCGGCAGCCCGAUGAACGUGGACAUGCAGGAGAAUAGUCUCAAGUAUUGGCAUCUGGUGAAGCACCACGACAGCGACGGCUCGAAGGAAGGCGAGCGGGUCAACAAGAUGGUCUCGGAGAUCUACCUGACCCGGUUACUAGCCACCAAGGGCACCCUCCAGAAGUUCGUCGACGAUCUGUUCGAGACAAUUUUCAGCACCGCACAUCGAGGUUCCGCACUACCAUUAGCAAUAAAGUACAUGUUCGAUUUCCUAGAUGAUCAGGCUCUGCUGCAUGGCAUCACCGAUCCGGAGGUGGUGCACACCUGGAAGAGCAACAGUUUACCAUUGCGAUUCUGGGUUAACCUAAUCAAAAAUCCUAACUUUGUGUUUGACAUUCACAAGUCAAACAUAGUGGAUUCUUGCCUAUCGGUUGUGGCUCAAACCUUCAUGGACUCUUGUUCAACGUCCGAUCAUAGGCUAGGGAAAGACUCACCUAGUUCUAAGCUUUUAUACGCUAAGGAUAUUCCAUCGUAUCGCGAGUGGGUGGAGCGGUACUACAGUGACAUCCGGGAGAUGGCCGCCAUCUCGGACCAGGACAUGAACGCGAUGCUCGCCGAAGAGUCACGGCUCUUUCAGCUCCACACGACCGAGUUCAACACGAACUGCGCCCUGCACGAGCUGUACUCGUACGCGGUCAAAUACAACGAGCAACUGACGGUCACCCUGGAGGAGGACGAAUUCUCGCAGAAGCAGCGGCUUGCCUACAAGCUGGAGCAAGUGCACGGCAUCAUGUCGGCCGAGUAGGAGGGGGAGGAGAAGCAGGAGUAGUAGUAGUAGCAGACAAGACAAGAAGACUCUUUAGAGGUUAAGGCAGAGGCGAAGUAAGCGCGAAAACUACACUGAAUUGUGAGCAAAAAACGUAUGUGGAAGAAGAAGGAGAAAAAAACUAAGAAAACCAACAAAAAAACAUUAUUAAGUGGAGAGUGUGAAAUUUAUUGUCGAAACAAAACAAACAAAAAAAUAAAUAAAAAUACAACACUGUCGUAUCUAUUUUUAACAGUCGCUUUAGUGAUGAUGGAAUACAAUUGGUGAUCCCAGAGACUUGAGGAAACAUUAGGAGACAAACCAACCAAUGCCAGAAAGACAAAAACAAACAUCAAAAACCGCAAAACACAAACACACCCCAGCCCUACACAAAACAGAACGAAACAUGGCAAAUCUUAUAAUAAUUAAAAAAAAUAUCUCAUAUAGCUCAAAACAAAAAAAAAAGUCUAAAUGUAAUAAAAAAUGAAAAAUUGUGUAAUUGAUGUGUUAUAAAUUAUUACUAAAAUAUAAGCUGAUGAUUUUAUUAGUAAAAAAGA